CCCAGACGAGGCAGGGCCCCGCCUUCAGGCCGCCGCCUCCGACCCCCACCCCCUCGCGUCCCUGAGCAGGCCUGACCAGCCUGGAGCCUCCCAAGAGAGGCCAGCUGCGAGGCGAGAGGUCUGCGGCCCGCAAGACAAGGUCUAGCUGGACCGGAGAGCGGGGUGCUGAGGUACUCAAGUACAGCCCAUGGAAGAAUCAUAUGAAGAGGUGGUGAUUAAGCUCAUACAGCAGGAGUGGACAUGUUUGGAUUUCCAACAGCUACCCUGCUGGACUGUCAUGGAAGAUAUGCCCAGAAUGUAGCCUUUUUCACAUAUUGGUGCAUCUUACAUGACUUCCCUCUCAUUUUACCAGAUGUGAUGACAGAAGCCCACCACAAAUAUGAUCAGUCUGAGGCCACAGGAUCCUCAAGCUGGGAUUUCCAGAGUUCUUUCAGAAGAGAGAAGCUGGAACAAAAAUCCCCAGAUUCUAAGACACUACAGGAAGAUUCACCUGGAGUGAGACAGAGGGUCUAUGAGUGCCAGGAAUGUGGAAAAUCCUUCAGGCAGAAGGGUAGUCUAACAUUACAUGAGAGAAUCCACACUGGUCAGAAGCCCUUUGAGUGUACCCAUUGUGGAAAAAGCUUUAGGGCCAAAGGCAAUCUUGUUACACAUCAACGAAUACACACAGGAGAGAAGCCCUAUCAGUGCAAGGAGUGUGGGAAAAGCUUUAGUCAACGAGGUAGUCUGGCCGUUCAUGAAAGACUCCACACGGGACAGAAACCCUAUGAGUGUGCUAUUUGUCAGAGAAGCUUCAGGAAUCAAAGUAACCUUGCUGUUCACAGAAGAGUUCAUAGUGGUGAGAAGCCCUAUAGAUGUGAUCAGUGUGGAAAAGCCUUCAGUCAGAAAGGAAGCUUAAUUGUUCAUAUCAGAGUCCACACAGGCCUGAAACCCUAUGCCUGUGCACAAUGCAGAAAGAGUUUCCACACCAGGGGGAAUUGUGUUCUGCACGGCAAAAUCCACACAGGAGAGACACCCUAUCUGUGUGGCCAGUGUGGGAAAAGCUUCACUCAGAGAGGGAGUCUGGCUGUGCACCAGCGAAGCUGCUCACAAAGGCUCACCCUGUAACCACUCUCUUCAGAGGAAGUUCUCUUUAUGAAUUAACAGCAUAAAAUCAUCUGAGAUUAAACAGCCUAUCCAAUUUUAUGGAAUGAAUGGAGACUCCUUCAGAAAGACCAUCACUGGGUAGAGCAAACUGAGUUUUCUUUUUUCCCCCCAAAUGAGUAUGAAAAAUAAAUGUCUUGUUUAUUAUCAUUA